AUGAAUAGAGAAUCAAUUGCUGCAGAAUUACAAAAUAAAGUUGAUGAAUGUCUUUAAGGGUUUUAAGAAUAUUUAGAUGUAAAUUAUUGAAAUAUAAGUUAUCAUAAGUCUUCUUUCUAUAGAAUUGAUGCUUUUCUUGAUUAACUUCCUCUAGCUCCUUAACCACCUAUUCCUUAAAAUACUCUUUAGAUUAUUCCACCAUUACCUUAAUUAUCUUUACCAUCCAUACAUAUAAUAGCAAAUUAAGUAAUUCAAGAAGUUAAACCUAUAAUCAAUUUAAAUAUUCAAAAAUAAAUUAAAUAUAACUAAUAAGUUACUCUAUAAUAAAUAUAAGAAUAGUAAAAAUAACAAAACACUAUCAUAAAUAAUGAUUAUUAAUUAAAUAACAAGUCAUUCAGUUAUAAUUUAUUAUAGGAUAAUUCAAUUAAAUAGGGUGAAUUGUGUUUGGCAAUAGCCAUUAAUAAAGAUAAUUCAAUGGUAUUAGCUGGAUGUAAUAAGUAAAUCAAAGUAUUUGAGUUCAAAUAAGAAUAGUUAAAACAAACUCAACUUCUAAGUGAACAUUCAAGUAAUGUUAGAAAUUUAAAUUUCAUGAAGAAAUAGAGUCAAUUUAUAUCUAGUGGUGGUGGAUAGAUUAUAAUAUGGUCUAUGAAUUCAAAUAGUUAAUGGAUAUGCUCAUAGAAAUUAAAUGAACAUACUACAUAUAUUAAUAGCUUGGUAAUGGACAAUAAUGGAGAUGUUAUCAUAUCUGGAAGUGAUGAUAAGACUAUUAAAUUUUGGUAAAAGUAGUAGCAAUGGGUAUGUUCAUAAACUAUUACAGAUCAUAUAAAUGAUGUAUGUGGAUUAAGUUUGAAUGAUUAAUAGAAUAGAGUGAUAUCUUGUGGAAAGGAUAAAUUAAUAUUAAUAAUAGAACAGUCGGAAUUAGAUUAAAAAUGGAAUGUAAUAUAAAAGAUAUCAGUUGAAGUUUAUGGUUAUCGAUUAUAUUUUAUCAAUGAUAAUGAAUUCACAUUUUAACCUGAGGGUAAAGAGUAGAUGUAUGUUUAUGAGAUGAGUGGUACUAAUACAUAAUACUCAAAGAAAAAAGAAAUUGCUGUUUAAAGUGGUUAUAAUGGUUGUGAUUAUCACUUUCCUUAA